AUUAUCCUUCUCCUUUGAAUUUCAGUAUUAAAAACGUGGGUGAGUGAAGCCUUAUUAUUUAAACUAAAAAAUAAUAAUUUUUUUAUGGCGGGAUCUCUAAGAUUCAAUAAUCCUGCUCUCUAUAUAAAGACUCAUGGUAGGAGUGCAGAGGCAACUCUGAAAGAAAAGAAAAGAGGGAAGAGAAGGAUAACCUGAACAUAGUCACUGAGAGAUGGCGACAUGCAAUGAAAUCAACAACACCAACAUUGAAGACCAAAGAGAAGCUCCCAUAAACGAAGACAUCUUAGAGACCAUAUUCUCUUACGUGCCACUCAUCCACCUCCUCCCAGCUUCUCUCGUCUCACGUGCCUGGAAGCGUGCGCUCUCCACCUCCCUCCGCCACGUCAACCCCAUCAAGCCAUGGCUCAUGCUGCACAUCCAGAACCCUCGUGCACUGCACGUUACCACCACCUUCGCCUACGACCCACGCUCUCGCACCUGGUUCCAAAUCCACGCGCCGCAUCCCAACCACGCCUCCACUCUCCGCGCCUCCAACUCCACGUUCCUCUACACGCUCUCCUCCUCCGAGUUCGCCUUCUCCAUCGACCCCCUCCAUCUCCACUGGCACUACGCGUGUCCCCCACGCGUGAGUCGCACCGACCCUAUCGUUGCGCGAGUGGGACCACUCAUAGUGGUGGCGGGAGGCGCGUGCGAAUUCGAGGACGAUCCUCUGGCUGUGGAGGCGUAUGACACGGAGUCCCGCGCGUGGACCCGCUGCCAGUCUAUGCCGGCGAUUCUCAAGGACUCCUCCGCUUCCACGUGGCUCUCUGCGACCGUCACCGGAGAGAAGAUGUACGUGACGGAGAAAAACUCCGGCGUGACGUACUCGCUGGAUUGCAACACUAUGGGGUGGCAGGGCCCGUUGGAGGUGCGUCCGAAUCUGAGCGUUUUCCACUGCGUGACCGGAGCGAUAGGCGGUCGUUUAAUGGUUGCGGGGAUGGUGGGGGAGGUGGAGAAGGUGGAGGAGGUGAAGUUGUGGGAAGUGAAAGGGGAAUUAGCGGUGGAAAGUGAAUUAGGGUAUUGGUGUGAGGAGUUAGCGGCGAUGCCGAAGGAGAUGAUGGUGAAGAUUAUGGGUGAGGGCGGUGGCUCCAUUGUGGUUAACUGGAUCGGGAAUUAUGUGUAUUUUCAGAACCGUUGGGAAGCGGAGGAGAUCGUUGUGUGCGAGGUUGGGAGUGGCGGAAGUUGCGAAUGGGAAAGCGUGAGGAACGUGACGGCGAGUGACGUGAAUCGCAUGCAGAGAACGGUGUUUAGUGGCGCCCAUGUGGGGCUUGAAGAUCUAAAGAAGGCGAUUAAGAAAAAUUGUUUGUUUGUGGAAAAAGUAGUGUGAGUGAUAGUGAAAAUUGUUUCAUUUGGAUCCAGAAAAAUUUGUUUUUAUGUGGAUUGAAAUAGAUAAAUGGUUCUUGUGUAUCCAUAUCCAUAGUAUGACACAAUGUCUUUAGAUUGGACCAGUUCAUGUCAUGAUUAUGGGAGUGAUUCGCUGCUUUUGCCUGGAUUGUAAAAGCUGAGCUGGUGAUUCUCAUCUGUUAAACUUGACUUGCAUGCAGUGAGAAUAUGAUUUUGAUUAA